CGUCUCAAUGUCCUCGAGGCGCGAAAGCAAGUUGCAUAAUUCUGCAAAUGGGAAUGGCAUAUCUCAAAAGGAUAUUUUCGGAUGAGUAUGCGUUGGCAAUGGAUGUCGUUUCGCUCUGUCGAUGUCGUCGGCAUGAUCAGGGACUUCCAAGUGGCUCAUGCCUGAGCUUGGACCAAGAUGGAGGUGAGUGAGUGAGUGAGGCAAGGAGUAAUGGAGCAUGUGAUUGCGCUGCAAGAGCGCGUCGUGGAAAACGAAGCAGCGGCCAGCGGGGCAAAACAAAGACGCUUGGACGCGUGGGGCGAAUCACAUUCACCGAGCCAUCUCCGGAAACCGUCAGGAGUUCAAGGUUCUCACACAUGAUGCCCUCGUGGUAGCGAAAAUAUGGCUGUCAGCCAAAAUCAGUAGUGAUUAGCAGUGAAUGGAGGAUGCAGAGAGGAACGAUGCUCGGGCCCCUCGCUUCGACGGCGACGAUGUCAGUCCCACGACCGAGCGAGAGCUGAGAGGCUGGUAUUGUACUGGUCUUGCAGCAGAAAUAUUCGCCGUCUGUGGCGUGGGCUCCUUUGCUCCAGUCACGCUCGAACAGCUGGCCCGGGAGCGAGGCGUACUGCGAUCGGAUGGAGUGACACCAUGUAUCUCUGCAAAGGCCGGGAGCACAGCAGCGCAUCUUACACGAUUUUUCAUUCGAUCAAUCAGGCGAGACGGCGACAAUGAGAAGCCUCAAUGCAUUGUGAGACCCUUCGGACGAGACAUGGCGACAGCUAGCUUCCCCAUGUACACCUUCUCUGCUGCAGUCCUUAUCCAGGCCCUAGUACUCAUCUCAUUUAGCCCAGUCGCGGACUAUGGAAAGAACAGGAAACAGCUUCUCCUGGCCUUUGCUUUCACCGGAGCCGUCGCAACGAUGAGUCUGGUCCUAGUCUCGCCUUCCGUCUACCUACUUGCAUCCCUUCUAGUGAUCCUAGGCGUGGUCUGCUUGGGCUCGACCUUCGUCUUGCUGAAUGCCUUCUUACCGCUUCUAGCUGCCAAUCAUCUUUCCGUCAAACACAAGCCCGGAGCUACAUUCAUCAACGAUCCUGGCACAUCCCCGGAGCUGCGCCUUUCGACAAAAAUCUCCUCUAAAGGUGGCGGGCUGGGCUACGCUGCAGCCGUCUCUGUGCAGAUCCUGAGCAUCUUUCUACUGGUGAUGCUGAAGAAAGCCAACUUCGCGGCCGAAUCGACACCUCUUCGUUUUGUCCUUUUGGCCGGAGGAAUUUUCUGGUUUGCUCUCACGGUGCCUGGUGUUUACUGGCUGAGAGAUCGGCCAGGACCUCCCCUUCGAGUAGUACAGCCUUGGCGCUCGAAGCUCCCAGCGGCAUUGCAAUAUCUCAUCUUUGCCUGGAGCUCAGUAUGGACGACAGUCAAGACAGCGGCCAAGCUGCGUCAAACCUGGGUCUUCCUGAUCGCAUGGUUCCUGCUGUCUGAUGCCAUCGCCACGAUCUCUGGUACUGCGAUUCUUUUUGCUCGGAUAGAGCUUCACAUGGAUACGAUUGGCAUAGCGCUUCUCUCGAUCACGUCGAUUGGCUCGGGCCUUGCUGGUGCUUUUACUUGGCCACGAAUUUCUGCUCGCUAUGGAUUCCAGACGAAAGAAACGAUUGUGACUUGCAUGUUCAUCAUGGAAAUAAUCCCCUUCUACGGCAUGCUGGGAUUCAUACCAUUCAUCAAGUCGUGGGGCGUGCUCGGUCUGCAGCAAGCAUGGGAGACCUAUCCGCUCGGCUUCAUUCAUGGGUUCGUGAUGGGAGGCCUUACGUCAUACUGUCGAGCUUUUUACGGAGAGAUCAUCCCGCCGGGUUCGGAGGCUGCGUUUUACGCCCUGUAUGCCAUUACUGACAAAGGAAGUUCAGCAGUGGGACCUGCUGUCGUUGGAAUGAUCGUGGAUACUGUUGGAACAAUACGGCCAGCUUUUGUCUUUCUAGCGGUCUUGAUUGCUCUGCCAAUCCCAUUGGUCUACAUCAUUGAUGUCAGGAAAGGCGCAGAGGAGGCGAAAGCGCUGUCCAAGCAUCUAGGCCACUUACCUGGCCAAGAAAUCGUUAUGGAAGAUCAUGAUGUAGAGGUCGAACAUGAGGCUGCGGAAGGUCUACUCAGGCAGCAGCCAGAUGACAACGAUGAUUGUAGCAGUCACGAUAGAUGAGAUCACCCGAAUACGAACAAGCCUGUGGUAAACGCC